GUCUUGACAAUGUCUUCUUACAAAACGUUUGCCAUCGCCGGUGCGGGCACAGUGGGCAAGUACAUCCUCCAGAACCUCGUCAAGGCGAAGGAGGAGGGCAAGAUCGACUCUGUCGUCGUCUUCACCCGUUCGGCCGAAGGCAAUCCUGAAGCUAAUGCACUGGGCGUCAAGUCCGUCCAAGUGGACUACACCUCCGUCCCCGCCCUCACCACCGCGCUCAAGGGGGUCGACGUCCUCAUCUCCGCUCUCGGUCCCUUCGGUCUCGGCUUGCAAGGGGACAUCGCCACCGCUGCCAAAGAAGCGGGGGUGAAGCUGUUUGUACCGGCGGAGUAUGGCGCACCGGCGAUAGAUAUGGGAGGGAUCAAGAGCACGCUCAGGCGGAAAUUCGAGAGCUUGGGACUGCCGUUCACGAUCUUCUUUGUGGGAGUGUUCAUGCAUUCGUUCUUCUCUCCGGCGUUGAGCGUUGACCUACCAGGUGGGAAGGUCACUGUUGGUGGGAAAGCCCACAACCCAAUCACUUGGACCACUGUGAAAGAUAUCGGAGCGUACAUCGCUCAUUGCCUUACUACGCUCCCUCCUGCGAAGCUUGAGGGAGCCACCAUCCUGAUCGAAGGAGACCGUGCGGGCAUCAAAGAAGUCAUCGCCGAAUACGAGAAGCGCACGGGAAAGAAGGUCGAGAUCACCUACAGGACACUGGAAGGCCUGAAGGCUUCCGCCGCUGCGAACCCGUUCGACUUCCCGAGCUUGCUCUGGCUGACGGUUGAGGACAAUCAGGGAGUCAUUGGUGCCCCAGACGAGGUGAACUUGUACAAGUUCCCAGGGUGGGAACCGACCAAGGCCAUCGACUUUAUUCUUGGAGAAUCGGCGUAGAUUUCUGCUGAGUGUAUAGGUCGUGUGCACUAAAUUGUUAAAA